CGCAGAUAGGCGCUACAUUCUUCUCCUUGGAUGAUGCCACGUGGAAGCCAAAAUUUUGCCUCCAAAAACAAGGACCAAGUAGUAGAACGAAACAUUUCUGCGCCACAAUUUGGUCGUUUUACUAGUCUGCUUCAGUUCGCGGUGAUGUCCCGCCUGACCACCCGCGCGUGGCUGAUCUCCAUCAGAACCCUCACCACCACCUGCAUCCCGCCAUCGACCACCUUACCUCAAGAACUCAGCAACCUUCGCGUCAGGGUCCGCGUGAUCACCACGCGGGGCGACGUCAGAGAACUGGUCUCUCGAUUCUGCGACAUCUCCCCGCCGCCUCCAAUCAGCUUCUCCGAACACAUCUACACCGCCCUCUUCCAAGCUUGCGCCGGCCAUGGCUGCCUACAAGAAGGCCGAUACUUGCACCGUCACAUGCUUUCCAGCCAUCUCGAUUACCGCCCUGAUGUCUUCCUCUCGAACCACCUCCUCAACAUGUACGCCAAGUGCGGCGACUUGGAGAGUGCGGGGAAAGUGUUCGAUGAAAUGCCCCAGAGAAACACCGUCUCCUGGACCACGCUGAUUUCUGGGUACGCGCAGCGUGGCCGAGGGGAAGAAUGCUUCUCGUUGUUUUCGGACAUGAUGACGGCUGCGGAUUGCCGCCCCAAUGAGUUUGCUUUCUCGAGCGUCCUGGCCUGCUGCGAGGACGCUCACUGCGGGAAGCAAAUACACGGUCUAGCAUUGAGGUUGGCUUUGGAUUUUAGCGCUUAUGUGGGAAAUGCUCUGAUUACUAUGUACAGCAAAGUUGCAGAUUGCGGAGAAGCUUGGAGAGUGUUCGAGAGAAUGGUGUUUCGAAAUCGUGUGUCCUGGAAUUCCAUGAUUGCAGGGUUCCAUGGCAGGAAGCUAUGGGGGAAAGCUGUUGUUCUGUUUAGUCAAAUGCAUAGAGACGGAGUUGGGUUCGAUCGUGCAGCAUUGCUUAGUGUCAUUGGUUCGUUGAGUGGCUGCAAUGUCGAUUCAGGUAUUAGCCAUUGUAACCAGGUGCAUUGCCUUGGUAUCAAGACGGGGAUCGUCUCUGAAAUUGAGGUAGCAACUUCUUUACUAAAAGCUUACUCUUCACUCGGAGGAGACCCUUCUGAAUGCUUUAGACUCUUCACUGAAAUGGAUGGUCGACGAGAUAUCGUUUCGUGGACGAGCAUCAUAACCGCUUUUGCAGAAGAUAAACCAGAAGAAGCAUUCUUCCUCUUCAGGCAACUCCACAGGGAUGAGGCAUUCUCGCCAGAUUGGUUCACGUUUUCCUCAAUCCUUAAAGCCUGUGCAGGACUAGUGACUGAUAACUACGCUUCAUCGAUUCACUCGCUGGUGAUCAGAACUGGGUUUGAUUCCGACACUGUGCUUGCAAACUCCUUGAUCCAUGCCUAUGCAAGGUGUGGGGUCAUUGCUUCAUCGAAGCAAGUUUUUGACGAGAUGAAGUACUGCCGUGAUGUGGUUUCUUGGAACUCGAUGAUAAAGGCUUAUGCUUUGCACGGUGGUGGGCAAGAGGCAUUCGAUCUCUUCUCGGAGAUGGAUGUUCCACCUGAUCCUGCCACGUUUGUAUCUUUGCUCUCAGCUUGUAGCCAUGUGGGAAUGGUGGAGAAAGGGACUCAGAUCUUCAACUCAAUGUCUGAAAUUCAUGGUGUUUCCCCACAGCUUGACCACUACGCCUGCAUGGUUGAUAUCCUUGGUCGAGCUGGUGGUCUUUCUGAAGCAAUGAAGCUAAUAACCAGCAUGCCAAUGGAGCCUGAUUCUGUCAUUUGGAGUUCACUGCUUGGUUCAUGUAGAAAGCAUAACAACACAGAGUUGGCCAAGUUGGCUGCUGAUCGACUAACCAAGCUUGAACCUGAUAAUUCAUUAGGCUAUGUACAAAUGUCGAACAUAUUUUCGCUAGAUGGUAGUUACAAAGAAGCAGGGUUAAUUAGGAAGGAAAUGAAGGGCUCGAGGGUACUGAAGGAGCCCGGAUUGAGCUGGAUGGAGAUUGGAAACCAGGUGCAUGAGUUUGCUUCUGGAGGAAGGCGCCAUCCUGAUAGAGAGGCCAUAUACGGAAAGCUCAAUUCCCUCGUUGCAGAGCUGAGAGCAAAAGGUUACGUGGCUGACACUAGCUUGUCGUUUCAUGAUAUCGAGGAAGAGCACAAGGAGCAGCAACUGUAUUACCACAGUGAGAAGCUAGCUCUGGCUUUUGCUUUGGUGAAAGGCGAAGAGAAUUCAUGUGUGGGGAGUAGGAAGAGCGGUGUGAUAAGGAUAAUGAAGAACAUUCGUAUUUGUGUCGACUGUCACAGCUUCAUGAAGUUGGCAUCAGGGGUACUUGAGAGGGAGAUUGUUGUGAGAGAUUCAAACCGGUUCCACCAUUUCAGGGAUGGCGAGUGCUCUUGCAGUGACUACUGGUAAACAAGCAUUCUGGAGAAGAGAACUCAAUUGAAUCGAAUGCAGCGAAUUGUUCAUCAAGUCGAUUAGAUAUGAAGCAUUGUUUUGUCGCUUUCAAAUCCUCAACAGUCCAGGAUUUAAAGCGAAUUGGCUAGCCUCUGAGGCCUUCCUAGUGCAUUGUAAGUUCAAUUUCAGUCCAGCUUGUAUUCUUGUUUAUGUUGGUUCCUUUUCUUACAUAUCACUAAUUAGCUUUAUUUUCAAUCUGCAGCGUGCCUUCGCCAUCACAGAAGCUAGCAUCCGGGCUUUGCUCCAUUAUGGGUUGGAUGAUGUUGACAAGGUUCAGAGUUUGCUAAUCAUAGCAAAUCCCUAUCUUCUUUCAAAAAAAUUGUUCGACAUCAUCUCGACACAUUUUUGGGUUUGGUGAGUCAUGUGUGGAGGCUCCACCACCGCUGUGCCCCCCACCAUCACCACGGGUCAAAUACUACACACCACACCAACAAAUACCGGACUUCGGAUUAGCUGACAAGUUGAUCACUAAAUUUCGAUCUGUGAAAAUUUUGUCAGCGAAGUUUCGGAUUGCUCUCUUGCAUCGCGAUUGGAAUUUUCGAUAGAAAUCGGUAUAUACUAGUUCAUUCAAUUUCACGAAAGCAAAAGUUAGGUUGAACAUAACAUGCAGCAGAUAAGUCUAAGUAUCAACAUUGUUGGGUUAUUCUUCCUGCUACGGUCAUCAAUUGUUAUUUGCGAUAUAUAGACAAUUUUGUAAAUAACGCUUUCAGGCACAU